AUGUCUCUUGUGACCGACGAGAUCCGGGCAGCCGCGUCGGAGACGUACGAGGGGGACGAUAUAUGUCAGGAGAAGUCUCGACUCCUUUUGACGGAGAUGAAUCUGCCAAACGGGCUGCUGCCGCUCAAGGACAUGGAAGAGUGCGGUUACGUGAAGGAGACCGGCUUCGUGUGGCUCCGCCAGAAGGCCAAGUGCGAGCACCGGUUCGAGAAGAUCGGCCGGCCGGUCAGGUACGCGACCGAGGUCACCGCCUACGUCGAGCCCAACCGCAUCCGGAAGCUGACCGGGGUCAAGACCAAGGAGCUCCUCCUAUGGGUCACCCUCUCCGACAUCUACGUCGACGAUCCACCGACCGGAAAAAUCACAUUCAAGACCCCAGCUGGCCUCAGCCGCUCCUUCCCCGUCGAGGCUUUCCAGAUUGAGGAGCCCAAGGUGGUGGAGGAGAAGGAAAACGAGAAGGAGAAGGAGAAGGAGAAGGAAGAGGCUGGUGAUGGUGGGCUGCCGGCGCCGGAGGAAAAAGAGGAGGUCAAGGCCAACUUGCUGCCGGAGAAGGAAGUCAAGGUUGAUGCACCCGCGGCGGCGGCGGCGGCGGUGGAAGUGAAGGAGGUGUAG